AUCCCCUUCUUCGUCCCCCCUCCAUCAUGUGAUGGUCCUGCCCGAGUGAUUUAAGCUGCUGGAGCCCAGUGCUGAGUCACGCUGGGCUGUGGAGCAGGGGCUCGGGGGUGUCCUGCCUGGUGGGGCUGGGAUCUGCAGCAUGGAGCAAGGACUGGUUGUUACUCAGCUGGAUGUCGAGCCUGGAGAGUGCAUCAAGGUCAAAGGGAAGAUCCUGUCUGAUGCCAAAGGGUUUGCUGUGAACGUGGGGAAGGACAGCGGCACCCUCGUGCUGCACUUCAACCCUCGCUUCGACUGCCAUGGGGAUAUCAACACUGUCGUGUGCAACUCGAAGGAGGACGGCACGUGGGGCGAGGAGGACAGGAAGGCUGACUUCCCCUUCCAGCACGGUGACAAGAUUGAGAUCUGUAUUUCCUUCGAUGCAACAGAGGUAAAGGUGAAGCUGCCUGAAGCGGAGUUCGAGUUUCCCAAUCGGCUGGGCAUGGAGAAAAUUCAAUACCUGGCUGUGGAGGGUCCCUCAGAAAUUGGCUGGAAAUUGAAGGAUUUGCCUCAAGCUAGAGAAGCAAGACUGCAUGCUUCACUCCGUGCCAGGCAUCAAUUGCAGCCAGUUGAACGGGUCAGGUAGCUGUUGCGGGAUCCUUUGACUGUCGAUAGUCUGAAGAGAAAGAAAGAGACUUCUCCAGAGACCAACUUGGAGAAGGCACCUGACCCAGGUAUUCUGAACUGACUUUGGGAAGAAUCUCUUCCACCUUCAUCUACAGAGGCUGGCAAACUCACGCAGCACCACCGUCCCCACAGCAGGGUAGAAAGUGGAGUAUUCCAUUUCAGUAUCCCAAUUUGAUGUUUCAUUUAUAAAAAUAGUGCUCCUUUUUAGCU